GCGGCUCCCAUAGAGGAGGCGGCCGGGCGGGCGAGAGAGAGAGACGCGGGGAUAGUGUUACAUGCCCAGGAGGAGAGAAAUGCACGAAGCGCUUUCUGUGGUUCGCCAGCUCGCCGGGAAGAAAGUAGUACGCAGAGAGGGAAGUGUGUCGCCUCGCUGACCGGCCAGAGGGAAGAGACGGGCAGAGGGGGAAAUGGGCUCCGCGCUGAGGAAUUUGCUGCUGUGCAGUGUCUGCUCUUUGAUAAGGGGGGCACCACUGUUACUGUUUGCAAAUCGGCGAGACUUGAGGCUGGUGGAUGCUGCCGGAGGGAAGACGAACGCCACGGUUCUUGUUGCCGGUCUGGAAGAUGCAGCUGCCGUGGAUUUUGUAUUUUCCGAGGAUCUUGUAUACUGGACAGAUGUGAGUGAAGAAGCAAUCAAACUCAUUUUUCUAAACCAGACAGCAAAUACUCAGAAUGUGGUGAUAUGGGGACUUGUAUCACCCGAUGGACUGGCUUGUGAUUGGCUGGGGAAAAAGCUGUAUUGGACAGACUCCGAAACAAAUCGGAUUGAAGUUGCAAAUUUGGAUGGAUCGUUACGGAAAGUAUUAUUUUGGCAAGAUUUGGACCAGCCGAGGGCAAUCACAUUGGAUCCGGCAAGGGGGUACAUGUAUUGGACAGAUUGGGGUGAAGUGCCAAAGAUAGAACGAGCUGGAAUGGAUGGUACAAAGAGAUCAAUUAUAAUUGACAACAAUAUUUACUGGCCAAAUGGGCUGACCUUGGAUUAUGAAGAAGAAAAAUUAUACUGGGCAGACGCUAAACUGAGCUUUAUUCACCGAUCAAAUUUUGAUGGAAGUUUACGGCAAGUGGUGGUUGAAGGCUCCCUUCCCCAUCCUUUCGCUUUAACAUUGUUUGGAGACACUUUGUAUUGGACAGACUGGAACACGCACUCUAUUCAUGCAUGCAAUAAAUACACUGGAGAGUAUCGGCGGGAGGUGCACAGCAAUAUUUUCUCUCCCAUGGAUAUUCAUGUCUUUAACCAACAGCGACAACCUCACGCGACAAAUCCCUGUGGAAGCAAUAAUGGUGGUUGUUCCCACUUGUGCCUGAUGUCUCCAGUCAAUCCGUUUUUUCAUUGUGCUUGCCCAACUGGAGUCCAGCUGCUAGAAGAUGGAACCAAGUGCAAAGAUGGUGCAUCAGAGUUGUUGUUGUUGGCCCGUCGAACGGACUUGAGGAGGAUAUCAUUGGAUACGCCAGACUUUACAGAUGUCAUCCUGCAGUUGGACGAUAUCCGUCAUGCAAUCGCAAUAGACUAUGAUCCAGUAGAGGGAUAUAUAUACUGGACGGAUGAUGAAGUGCGUGCUAUCAGGAGGUCCUACCUGGAUGGCUCUGGAAGUCAGUUUGUGGUGACCUCUCAAAUCAACCAUCCUGAUGGCAUUGCAGUUGACUGGGUAGCGAGAAACCUCUACUGGACAGACACUGGCACUGACCGUAUUGAAGUGACUAGGUUAAAUGGCACAAUGCGUAAAAUUUUAAUUUCAGAGGAUCUAGAAGAACCAAGAGCAAUUGUACUUGAUCCAAUGUCUGGGUACAUGUACUGGACGGACUGGGGUGAGAAUCCAAAGAUAGAACGUGCCACUCUGGAUGGAACAGAAAGAGUUAUCCUUGUUAAUACUUCGUUAGGUUGGCCAAAUGGUUUAGCUCUGGAUUAUGAAGAAAGAAAAAUGUAUUGGGGUGAUGCUAAAACAGAUAAGAUUGAGGUAAUGAACUGCGAUGGCACUGGUAGAAGAGUCCUUGUGGAGGAUAAGUUACCACACAUCUUUGGAUUUACUCUUUUGGGUGAUUACAUUUACUGGACAGACUGGCAAAGGCGUAGCAUUGAACGCGUACACAAAAUGUCUGCUGAGAGGGAGAUCAUCAUUGACCAACUGCCUGACUUGAUGGGUUUGAAGGCCACAAAUGUUCAUCGUAUAUUGGGUACCAACCCAUGUGCAGAAGAUAAUGGUGGAUGCAGUCAUCUGUGCUUGUACAGGCCUCAGGGUGUGCGAUGUGCCUGCCCAAUAGGCUUGGAGCUCAUCAGAGACAUGAAAACCUGCAUAGUACCAGAAGCUUUCCUCCUCUUCUCUCGGAGAGCAGACAUCAGAAGGAUUUCACUCGAAACGAACAAUAACAAUGUGGCUAUUCCACUAACCGGGGUAAAGGAAGCCUCUGCUCUGGAUUUCGAUGUGACUGACAACCGGAUUUACUGGACAGAUAUUAGCCUGAAGACCAUUAGCAGAGCUUUCAUGAAUGGGAGUGCUCUGGAGCACGUUGUGGAGUUUGGGCUUGAUUACCCUGAAGGAAUGGCAGUAGACUGGCUGGGCAAGAACCUGUACUGGGCUGAUACUGGAACUAAUCGAAUUGAGGUUGCCAGGUUGGAUGGACAGCACAGACAAGUACUGGUGUGGAAAGACCUAGACAGCCCCAGAGCUUUGGCAUUGGACCCCGCUGAAGGGUUUAUGUAUUGGACUGAGUGGGGUGGUAAGCCAAAGAUCGAUAGAGCUGCCAUGGAUGGAACAGGCCGUAUCACUUUGGUGCCAAACGUUGGCCGAGCCAAUGGACUAACUAUUGAUUAUGCAGAACGAAGACUGUACUGGACAGACCUAGAUACAAGUUUGAUCGAAUCCUCCAAUAUGUUGGGUCUGGAUCGUGAAGUUAUUGCAGAUGACUUGCCUCAUCCAUUUGGCUUAACUCAGUACCAAGACUACAUUUAUUGGACAGACUGGAGCCGCCGCAGUAUUGAGCGGGCCAACAAAACCAGUGGUCAGAACCGCACCAUCAUUCAAGGACACUUAGAUUAUGUCAUGGACAUCCUGGUCUUUCAUUCUUCAAGGCAAGGUGGAUGGAAUGAGUGUGCUUCAAGCAAUGGGCAUUGUUCGCAUCUGUGUUUGGCAAUGCCAGCUGUUGGUUAUGUUUGUGGCUGCCCAGCUCACUACUACUUGAACACAGACAACAAGACAUGCAGCCCUCCAACUUCGUUUUUACUGUUCAGCCAAAAGAAUGCAAUUAAUCGAAUGGUUAUUGAUGAACAACAGAGCCCAGAUAUCAUUCUUCCCAUUCACAGUCUGAAAAAUGUCAGGGCUAUUGAUUAUGAUCCUGUAGAUAAACACCUGUACUGGAUCGAUUCUCGUCAAAAUGUCAUAAGACGAGCUCAGGAAGAUGGAAGCCAGAGCUUUACAGUUGUGACCAGCACACUUCCCAACCAAAACAUAGACAUGCAGGCUUAUGACCUCAGCAUUGAUAUCUACAGCCGGUACAUCUAUUGGACUUGUGAGGCAACCAAUGUUAUCAACGUUACACGUCUGGAUGGAAAACCAAUUGGUGUUGUUUUGGAUGGAGAGCAAGACAGACCAAGGGCAAUUAUUGUAAACCCAGAGAGAGGGUACAUGUACUUCACCAAUCUCCAAGAGAGAUCGCCAAGGAUAGAGCGUGCUCGGUUGGACGGCACAGAGCGAGAGAUUCUGUUUUUCAGUGGGCUAAGCAAGCCGGUUACACUUGCUAUUGACAACAAGCUUGGCAAGCUCUUCUGGGCCGACUCCGAUCUCCGACGCAUUGAGAGCAGUGAUUUAUCAGGUGCAAAUCGAGUUGUUUUGGAAGAUGCCAACAUCCUUCAACCUGUAGGUUUGACUAUAUUUGGUAACCACUUAUACUGGAUUGACAGACAGCAGCAGAUGAUUGAGAGGAUUGAAAAGAUAAAUGGGAACGGUCGGACAAAGAUUCAAGCACGUAUAGCCCAGCUCAGUGACAUUCACGCUGUGAAAGAACUCGAUUUGCAAGAAUAUGCAGAGCAUCCGUGUGCUCAUGACAAUGGUGGCUGCUCUCAUAUUUGCAUAGUGAAGGGUGAUGGUACCGCACACUGUUCAUGCCCAGUUCACCUGAUGCUGCUUCACGAUGAGCUGUCCUGUGGAGAACCACCGACCUGUUCACCUGAGCAUUUCACCUGUACCACUGGUGAGGUUGAUUGCAUCCCGCUGGACUGGCGCUGUGAUGGGUAUCCUGAAUGUGAUGAUCAGAGUGAUGAGCAGCACUGUCCUGUGUGCUCAGAGACGCAGUUCCAGUGUGCCAGUGGCCAGUGCAUCGACGCUGUUUUCAGAUGUAAUGGAGAGUCCAACUGCCAGGAUAAGUCUGAUGAAGAGAAAUGUGAAGUUUUGUGCCCUAUGGACCAAUUCCGAUGUACCAACGGCCAGUGUAUUCCCAAACAUAAAAGAUGUGAUCGGAACAGUGAUUGUACCGACAGUUCAGAUGAAGUUGCCUGCUAUCCCACCGAGGAACCCACUCCUCAACCUACAAACACAAUUGGUUCGAUUAUAGGUGUGAUCCUCUCUGUCUUUGUCAUUGGAGCCAUGUACUUUAUCUGUCAGCGUGUUCUUUGUCCACGGAUGAAAGGUGAUGGCGAAACGAUGACAAAUGAUUUUGUAGUGCGUGGAUCUGCUUCCGUGCCACUGGGCUACGUACCACACACUAACUCCCUUCCAGGAUCUUUGCAAGGUAUGUCCCGUGGCAAGUCUGUGAUGAGUUCCCUGAGCAUUAUGGGUGGAAGCAGUGGACCUCCGUAUGACAGGGCUCAUGUUACAGGGGCCUCCUCGAGCAGUUCCUCAAGUACAAAAGGCACAUACUUUCCUCCUAUGCUGAAUCCUCCACCUUCACCAGCUACUGAGCGUUCACAUUAUACCAUGGAAUUUGGUUAUUCGUCAAACAGCCCUUCUAUUCACAGAUCAUACAGCUACAGACCAUACGCAUAUCGAAAUUUUGCUCCACCUACCACACCCUGCAGUACUGAUGUAUGUGACAGUGACUACACUCCUGGAAGGAGGAUUGUUCCAACAAAAUGUUACAGUGAUUUAAACUAUGACUCUGAGCCUUUCCCUCCACCCCCGACUCCACGGAGCCAAUACCUGUCUGCUGAGGAGAACUAUGAAAGCUGCCCGCCAUCUCCUUAUACAGAAAGGAGUUACUCACAUCAUCUUUAUCCACCCCCUCCUUCUCCAUGUACAGACUCUUCCUGAACACAAACCACCUCUUUCCUCACUGUAAAUAAUUGUUAAUAUGGAGAGACUAGGUAAAAGAAAUACUUAAGGACAUGGUUUGUACAGUGAAAAUAAAUUAGAUGGGGAGAGAAAUGAAUUGCAGACAAUUUGUACAUUAGAGAGGAUAUUUAUAUAUUUUCUAACAGCUCCUGCUGGUUGUGCCAUAAAAAUUGUAAAAAAUUUGUACAAAUGAGAAAAAUCUUUUUUUCACAAAAUGAAAAUGCCUUAACCCAGGGAAGCAACUGUACCUAAGAUGAAGAGGUAAAGGUAAAAGUAGCACAUAGAUUAACAGGGCGCUGAACACUGGAUGGUUUGCAACUCCACUGCCUAAAGAGAAUCAACAAAUGCUGAUCAUCUUCAGUUUCUACCAGGAGAACAAAGCUACACAACAUUGUUAAAGAAUUUCAACAGAGCUAAGUGAAAGAGAGAGCGCUGGCAUGAGGACUUUGUUAUGCCUCAGCAAUACCACACGGAAGGAAAGUUGCGUGCAGUCAUGUUCUGAGAUUCUUUUCAUGCCAGCAUCAAUAUUGUGUAAAUUUGGCAGUAAAUCCAAUCAGCCAAUCUGCGGAUUUCGAAGUUGAUUGAUAGUUGCCACGUGCUCCGAAGCGGUUUCUCACCCUGGCUACAAAAGGUCAGGUUGGGGUAGAAUGGAAAUCACCUUGCCAAGUUUCACUGUAGUGGAAACCAUCAUAGUUCUGAAGGAUAAUGUGGACAAAUGGUGGAAUAGCACCUGUGACUUCUUUAAAAAUUAUUUGACCAAGGAUACAAAGCAUGCCCUGAUACAUUUUUAAAUUACUCGAUGAGCUUUUAACUUCAGUGCCCACAAAUGUUCUGAGUGUAUUUUUAUACCACAUAUUGUGUAGAUACUCUAUUUAUAAGCUAUAAAAUAACCUUCUAUUAGAGUUUCUGUAAAGCCUGUCCAUAUAUCCUACAGUACUUUCAUGUAUAGUUUUAUUAUUACACUUUAUGCCUCAUUUUAUUUUUCUAUAAAACAUUAGUACAAGGGUAAAGACAAUCUCAGAUUUUUUUUUGUAAUAGGCCAGAUAAGUUUAUUUUUCCGUGUUUAAAAUGUAAAAUUUUCCACCAUCAGUUAAGGUACUGUGCAAAAUACAGAAAUCAGCUUUAUAUACUGUAGUGUAUGAUUACAUUCAUAGCAAAGAUUGAAUACUUUUUAAAGGUCCUUACUGGUUGACCAGUACAGGGACCUUAAUUACCUUGAGUUUAUCAGAUGUGAUUUCUCAAAUUCAGUUAUUUAACUUGGUUAACAUUUUUCACAAAAUACUUUGAUCAAAGCAUGCAUUGGUCAAAUUGUAUGUGACAAUAUUUAAACUGUCUGCUGCUGUAUACUCGGUGUCAGGAAUCCUGGUUCAUUUUCCCAGGUAUACUUCUGAGUGAUAGUAGAAUUCUGUGUGCCAAAUUUUGUUACAAAAAACAUCCUAAGGUGGUGUGUCUAGAAGAGCAACCUUGUUAGGAAGUGAAGGAUCUGGUGCUGCUGAAUGCAUUUGUUUUCCUCCUGCUGUUACUUAAAGAGGCAGUUGUAUUGUGAUAGUCUAAGCUUUUCUCCUCCCACCCCACCCCAGUAACACAAUGCUUUGCAAGGAUGUAUUUAUAUUAAUGACCAACAUUUGGUCUGUCCUAUCCAUUUGUCUAAUAACAUCCUCAAAAUGUAAAAUGGGCUUUAAGAGUGUAACCUGAGUUUUUUAAAAAGCACCUUGUACAAAGUCUUUUCUGUUCUUAUCAAGUUGUAACAAAUGAGAAAUUGAUUUUUAUAAUAAAAGCAAGUGAAAUAUG